AGAAACAUUGCAAACAUGGUGCCACCUUUUGACAAGACGCAACAUUCUGGUGUUGGCGCUGCCCUUGAAUUUCCAGUUACAGCCCUCAACGUGGAGAACAUUCUGGUGAUUGGUCACAGCCGUUGUGGUGGAAUAAAGGGACUCAUGUCCAUUGAAGAUGAUGCUGCUCCUGCUAAGAACCUCUUCAUAGAUAACUGGGUCCAGAUCGGUACACCGGCAAAGGAGAUGAUCAAGCAGGAUUUCAAACAUCUGAGCUUCAACGAUCAGUACAGCUACUGUGAGAAGGAAGCCGUGAAUGUGUCCUUAGGGAAUCUAUUGUCUUACCCAUUUGUGAAAGAACGAGUUAUGAAGAACAAGCUGGCCAUAAGAGGAGCUCACUACGAUUUCGUGAAAGGAACGUUUGAUCUCUGGGAACUCGACCUAAAGACCACCCCUGCUUUUUCCUUUUCUUAAAACAUUCCUACUCAUGUUUUCUCUAUGUUUACUACUUC